AUGGCUUCCCCUCACAAGGCCAAGGACGUCUUCUCCUCCGACGAGGAAGGCGCGGCGGCCGGCGCCGAGGAGCACCACAAAGUCAAGGUGUCGAGCCUGCCGUUCAGCGUGGAAGCGCUCAUGUCCGACAAGAAGCCGCCCCCCAAGGAGCCGCCGCUGCCCGCGGCCGGCGGCAGCGCGGACGGGGCGGCCGUGGGCACCUCCAGGAACCUGCUGCUGGCCGGCCACGGCUCCCGGGACGCGCACAGCCCGCCCGGAGCGCUUACAAAAACCUUCGACACCGCUUCGGUCAAGUCGGAGAAUUCGGAGGACGGCUCGUCCUGGAUCCCUUCGGAGGCCGGGAGAUAUUCCCCGCCGCCAAGACACCUGAGCCCCACUGCCUGCACCCUGAGGAAGCACAAGACGAACAGGAAGCCCCGAACCCCGUUCACCACUUCCCAGCUGCUGGCCCUGGAGCGCAAGUUCCGCCAGAAGCAGUACCUGUCCAUCGCCGAGAGAGCCGAGUUCUCCAGCUCCCUCAACCUCACAGAGACCCAGGUCAAAAUCUGGUUCCAGAAUCGCAGGGCCAAGGCCAAGAGACUGCAGGAGGCAGAGCUGGAGAAGCUCAAAAUGGCAGCGAAGCCCAUGUUGCCGUCGGGGUUCAGCCUCCCCUUCCCCAUCAACUCCCCCAUCCAGGCUGCCUCCCUGUAUGGCACAUCCUACCCUUUUCACAGACCUGUGCUCCCCAUCCCGCCCGUUGGACUCUACGCCACUCCCGUUGGAUACAGCAUGUACCACUUAUCCUAAGAAGAUCCCACAGACAAAGCCUCAGACAGACAGACUGACAGACUUCCUGGUGGAUCCUGUCCAGCUCUGGGAAGGCAGAACCCCAACCAGUACUGGCCAUUUCUUCUGCACGCUUCUAUCUGGCAUCUGGGAGUUUGCUACGGGUUGGGCAUCUCCUGAGAGUGCUCUGAGCACUGCUCCUCAAAGAGUCUGCUCCUCAAAGCAAAAAAAAAAAGAAAAAAAAAAAAAGGAAAAAAAAAGGCAUAAAAACCAACCAAAAAUAUUUUUUGAGUAAAUGUAGGGGUUUCAUCCAGUGCAAGUAAAACUAGGUUUAAAAAAAGAACGGGUGAAAAAGCAAUUUUAUCAUACAGAGGCAGAAAUUCCCUGACACCUCCCUGGCAGGGUUUCAAAUAAGAGGGGUGCGUGCCCUCGAGCCACGCUCUAAGUUGCCAUCACUUCACAAUGGGGGCAGGGGGGAGGGAAAUAAAAAGGUCUGAUCGAAGUUCUGUUGUUCGGUUGUUUUUUUAAAUACAGCAGAGCCCGUAGCUAGAGACGUGUAAAUAGAAACUAGAGCCGGUAGAGUCUCGGUGAAGUUCAGAGCCAGCAAAUUCCUGCAUUUCUGGGGGGAUGGUGAAGUUUUGCAUCCUGAACCUCGACGAGAUGAGCAGCA